AUCGAUGUUACGUUUCAGCGCACACUGCAGAGUCUUUAGCCGGAACAAUACAUUGAUACUGAUCGCUUUCAUAUGGGCGGCAUCAAUAUUUCCACCACUUUAUCUAUUUGGAUAUCUAGAUUGUAAGUUCAUUUACCGCGACGAUAUCUUCGCAUUAGUGUUCCUCGAAAACAAGACUUGCGACGUCAUUUCGUGGUAUCUUGACGCACUCAAAAGUUUAAUUGUUGUAUCUAUAAUAACAGUGGUUGAUUUUAUAACAGUCGUGAUCGUGAGAAGCAGAGUUAAAGCGCAAACACAAGGAGCAUCUCGUACGGGAACGAGUUUAAACGAAAUUAAUCUUUUAAAACAGGCAAUCGCAAGGGGGCUUCUUUUUGUAACCGAGCUCUUCUCCUAUUUCUGCUUGGCGUCAAGAUUCGAGAACAGAUGGGCAGUCUGGGCUUUUUCAACAGUUGCUUGGAAUAUUUUACAUUUAUGUGAUCCCAUAGUGGUCAUUACAUUCAACAAAGAGUUCCGAAAGCUAAUUGUAUCGUUCCACAUGAAAAUGACCAAAUGCAGCACGAUUUCGUCAUCAGCUACAGCAUAUGACUACACUGCGAAUCCAAAUUACAAACCAACAUACAACUAUGGUCCUAGACGAAGCGCACCCACUAUCAUUCUUUCAUAAUCAUUGUGAAUUUCAAGUAUGGUUUAAAAAUUUGCAGC